GAGUUUGCAGUAACUUUGCAUCGACUUUGCGGUGGGGGGUGCGGUGUGGGGGUUUGCGGGAGGGGCUCAGCCAUGGAGAGCUUCAGGGCAUCAGGAGCUGCUGAUGGAAGACUGAGUCGGGAGGAAGGUGACAGAGCUCCAGAUUCCUCGGAUGAGAUCCUUAUGAGACAAGCUGGAGGACUCAUGCGUAGAUUUGUGCUGGAGACAAUCCAUGAAGAAGAUCCAGAAAUUUCACUCAGCCCCGAUGAACUGGGCGGCACUCAGAGUGAGAUUGAUGAUCCUACCAUCAAGCAUGUAACCCAGUGUUUGAGGACAAUUGGGGAUGAACUGAACAGAAAUGUUGAACUGCAGUGCCUGAUUGACAGCAUUCCUAUCAAUUCUGCCCGAGAUGUUUUGUGCCAAGUAGCUGGAAAGCUCAUUUCUGAUGAAUUGAACUGGGGAAGAAUUGUGUCCUUCUUCUACUUUGCCGGUAAACUUAUUUACAAGGCACUGAUGCAAAAUCUGAGAGGAAUGAUCCAACCUAUUAUUAAUUGGUCCUUGGAUUUUAUCCAAAACCGUGUGGUUCCAUGGAUUCAGCUGCAAGGAGGUUGGGAGAAUAUCUAUUCUUACUUCGGAACUCCAACCUGGCAGAUGUUUGCGGUCUUUUCAGCUAGCAUCAUUACCGGUGUUUUGGCUUUGAUGAAACUGACCUAACUAUGCAAAGCCUCCACGUUUUCUCUCCUUUCAAUUUGUUUUACUACUGUUUGGAGAUUGUUGUCUUUCAAUGGUAUUCAUCAGUUCUCAGCUAGAAUCUACACUGACCUCUUGGUUGUGUCUGGAACAGAAAUUGCAAAUAAUGAACUUGUAAAACAUUGGACAGUUCAUUAUCAUAAUUUUUUUGUUAUAAAUUAUUUUUACGUUUUAUUGCUCUUCAAACUUGCUGCUACCUUUUAAAACUUAACAAAUGUACUUCCUGCCAAAAACAGCUGCAUUACGUCCGUCUGAAAAUGGAACCUUUUGUGCUAGUGUCAAAGGCAAUAUCAAGCUGCUGCUUCAUGGGGGAAAUAGGGGGAGAUAGAUCACCUCUAAAAGGUGGCUUCAUUUUGCUUUUGAAACUUCCUAAGUCUCUAAUGCUACAGGUAUUGAAUAAUGAGAACUGACUGUCCUCAAUUGAAAAGAUGCUGGUAAGCAGUAUUCUGCAAUGGUGUAAGUUGUGGCUUCUCUCUCUACUGCCAAGUGUGCAGUGUGAUUGUAGCCCUCACCAUAGCUGCUAAAAUUCUGUCAAUACUAUGUCAACACAGUAUGUUGCCCACAAAAUAUACAGUCAAUUCACUUUACGUUAUAUC